AUGUCGAAUCUUCGGGUUCUUUGUCGAGACCAACCUCAACGUACGCUUGCACUGGCUUCAUCAGAACAUGCCCUAGUGUUUCACUACACAUCAACAGAUACCAGUGUGAAGGACAGCCCGCGCUGUCAGGUUGAGUUCGUGGAUUUAGGAACAGUGGACUUGAAGGGCUACAGACCGUUAGGAUAUGGAUAUGGUACACUUGGGCUUGUCACUCUCAAUGAAGAUGUGUUUGUCUGCGUCGUCACAAGCUCCUCGCAAGCUGCCACCGUGAGACCCGGAGAAACUGUGUCAAGAAUUGACAAGGUAGGCUUCUACUGUCUCAAUCGUUCAGAAUACGAGUACGGCCUAGAUCAUGAGACCGGGUCUCAAUUUGCCGCCGAGGAGGGACUUGGCACGGACGGGAAGGAUGUGAUAACUGACCAUCCUUUUCUGGCGUUGAAGAAGCUCCUUGGAGAUGGAAGUUUCUAUUACAGCCUCGAUUUCAACCUCACAGAUCGCCUACAAAACCGGGCCAACAAACCUGUAGCAUUCGACAUCGACACUCUUGAUGAAGACAUGCUGUGGAAUUCGUACAUGAUCAAUCCACUUCUCUUGUUCCGGAGCCACUUGCCACCGUCCGAUAAGGCCAAAUUAGAUGCAUCGCAGAUGUUAACCUGUGUUAUCCGUGGAUUUGCCAGUACACUCAAAGUGCCAGCGACGGUCUCAAUUCUUCCUCAUGUGCGGACAAACUUUCCUUCUAUGCUGACAAUCAUAUCUCGACAAUCUUCUCGGCGCGCUGGUACGAGGUUUAACUCGAGAGGCAUUGAUGAUGAUGGGAAUGUUGCCAACUUCGUGGAAACCGAAACUAUCUUGUGGAUUUCGCCGGGCAUCGCAUUCUCCUAUGCUCAAAUCCGAGGCUCGGUGCCUAUUUUCUGGGAACAAGCUCCAGGCCUCAUUCCGGGGCAGCAAAAGAUCGAAGUCACGCGGUCGAGCGACGCAACACAGCACGCAUUUAACAAACACUUCGAAUCCCUGGAGUUAGAGUAUGGUGCAGUACAUGUGGUAAAUCUGCUAAGUGAGCUGAAGCCCGGGGAAGCAGAGUUGUCGUCCAAGUAUCGACAGCACGUCAGCAAGAGCUCAACCCGACAGAAAGAAGGUGAUGGGACUGCUCCACGUCGGAGCCUCUUGCGAAUGACCGAAUAUGAUUUUCUUGCUGAGACCCGAGGUCCUUCGGGAUACGAAGCCAGCUCCCAGAUCAAACAUGAGCUUAUUGACUCACUAGAUGAGUUUUCCUAUUUUUUGUCGGAAGAUUCACGCCGUCCUAACAAACCUCCUUUCGACAAGUAUGAUGCAGUGAACAUCUCUUCGGUCAUUUUACAGCAAGAGGGCGUUUUUCGGACCAAUUGCUUGGAUUGUCUGGACAGAACAAACCUCGUCCAGACCAUAAUUAGUUUGACGGCACUAGAAUCAUUUUUAUCACAACAAGGCGGCAAUCUUAACUCGGACAUGCAGGUUCGGCAUUCGACCAUCUGGGCUGACAAUGGUGAUGCUCUUUCGAAGAUUUAUGCCGGAACUGGCGCGCUCAAGUCCUCUUUCACCCGGCACGGAAAAAUGUCACUUGCGGGGGCACUUGCAGAUGCGCGGAAGAGUGCCACUCGACUUUAUGUCAACAAUUUUACAGACAAAGCUAGACAAAGGACAAUUGAUCUUCUCUUGGGAAGGUUAACAAAUCAACUCCCUGUAUACCUCUACGAUCCAAUCAAUGAUUUGGUUAUGGAGGAAUUGAACCGCCGAACUCCAGAGUAUUCUUCGCGCAAACGAGUGCGGUUCUGGGUCGGUACUUUCAAUGUGAAUGGACGUGAUGAAGGCCCAGGCACCGAUCUCACUCCGUGGCUUUUCCCAGAGUCAGAUGAGUCCGACGAAGAUCCAUCAAUCUUUGUUGUUGGAUUCCAGGAAAUUGUCGCUCUGAGCCCUCAACAGAUUAUGUCCACCGACCCCAGUACCCGCAAGGUCUGGGAAAGAGCAGUCCACGAUUGUCUAAACAGCCAUUCAAAGGCGAAAGGAACUGGGAAAUACGUGCACCUGAGAAGUGGUCAGCUAGUCGGCGCCGCCGUUUUGCUUUAUACCGGCCUCUCCGGGAUUGCUGGCAACAAGGGCGGCUGUGCUAUUCGGUUUGACUUCUCCAACACGAGUGUUUGCUUCGUUACGGCCCAUCUUGCUGCCGGGUUUGCAAACUACGAUGAAAGAAACAGAGACUACGAGAUCAUCGACCGAGGGUUACGGUUUCAAAAGAACCGGUCAAUCGCUGAUCAUGAUGCAGUGAUCUGGUUGGGUGAUUUCAACUACCGAAUUGGAUUGGGCAACCCAAGCGUAAGAGAGCUCAUAUUGCAGCGAGACUACCAAAGGCUAUAUGACAACGAUCAAUUGAAUUUACAGAUGGUAGCGGGCAGGGUGUUCCGGUUCUAUUCAGAAGGCCUAAUUGAGUUCCCGCCGACCUACAAGUACGAUGUUGGAAGAGACACCUAUGAUACGUCUGAGAAAGCAAGGAUCCCCGCAUGGUGUGAUAGAAUAUUAUGGCGAGGAAGCAACCUACGGCAGACAAACUACCAAACUGCAGAUUUGAAAGUGUCUGACCACCGCCCAGUCUGGGCAACCUUUGAUUGUGUCAUUGAUAUAGUUGAUCAUGCACUGAAGGAAAAUCUGAGGCGAUCAAUAUACGAGGAGAAGCAGGGUCAUGGUCACACUUCUCUUGACUCUGUCUCUCUUUUGGACUUGGAUGAUGGCGAAACCACACUGCAAAUUUCUAUCGCACCGGGGCUGCCACCGGCAAGCUCCGACACAAGCCGGUGGUGGUUAGAUAAUAGUGCACCAGUAAAAGCUACAGUACAACCAAAGCAAGGUUAUAUUCCAAAUCCCCAACGCAUAUCCAAUCCAUUUUCUGCAGAUGUCGACUGGGUGCCAAGUCUAGGCCCGAUGGAGAACAGAAACACCGACCCUAUCCAAGAUACUAGGAAGAAGCCCAUGCUACCUCCACGACGCGACACUUCUGAGUCCCCCGGAAGGUCUCUCUCACCCCCAGCAGUUCAAACGGGGAAAAUUCGACCGGCUGUUCCUCGAAAACCGCUUUCACUAAGUUUUCAGGCGAAAAUCGAAACAGUAUCACCGGGUCAACACACAUCAUGGCAGGAUGGUCCAGGGAGUGGCGUGACUGCUGUUGGCUCUACCGAUCUUCUCAGUGACUCGGUUAGUGAGCAGAUCGAGUGGAAGCCGCUUCUUCAAUGA